AAUAAAAUCCGCGUCAAAGUGCAAUUCAUUUUGAUCAUCGUCGCCUUGUUUACAGUUGCUUGAAGUUGCACAAUAACAGUUAUAAAUAAGUAAGCCAAUUAUAAAUAUUGUAUGUAAAUACACCACGUGUUAAACAAAAUUUAAGUAAGUCAGUGCUGUAUUUACGUUUUGUCAAGGCUAGGAAUAUUGAAUUGACAUUUACAUUCAAACUGUUUCCUCCGAUCGACGAAAGAUGAUGUCGUUUCUUAAAAAAAGUCGCGGAAAAUACCGCUGUUGAAAUAAACUCGGCUAACUAGGAACUUCCACGAGAAUUGUAAAUAACUUUCGCGAGAUAGCUACUCCGCAGACAAAAAAUAAGUUUACUUUAUGAUUUUUGUUAAUCAGAAUACGUGACCGAUUCAAAAUAGAGAUACUGGUGGGAACAAUUAUAGUUUGAUUUCUAAGGUGACUGACUGAGUUGAUGUUUUCAAGUAUUUGUCUACGUGUUGGUGCGACUUAUGAUAAAGAAUUAGGAGACAGGUUUACACUUUACACCCAAUUUCGCUGGACUAAGAUUUUCCGCUAAUUUAUAACUUUCAAUAUUUAAACGUUAUCUGGUCACGUUUUACGUUUGUCAAUCGUAAAAAAAGUGAUCAAUUGCGUUUUUUUUUGUAUGAUUGAUAGUCAAGCAAUUAAAAGGGUAAAAACGCGGACAUCCCGAGUCGGUGUAACGCCGCUAUGACGUCACUCGAAAUUUGACAACGAUAUUUACAUGAAGAUGUAGUCAGCCGUUACACAGUAGGUAAAUGUCAGUAUGACAACUUGGUUUUUAAAAUUUGUUAAAAUCCAGACUAGAAAAGAAAAAAGAUUUCAUAUCCUGGACCACAGUCCUGGACCAUGGCAAAAGCUAUGAGUCAGCACUAUAAAGACUCGGGUGGUUGGUAUCUCCUAAAAGUUAACACACAAACACAAUCCUCCACUGCUGCAUCCACUCCAAAAGCACCCAUUUUAAAAGAAGACCGACCAAACUGUACCAAAUGUGCCAAACCCAUUGCCUCGUCGUGGUUGUUCGAUAAUUUCGAUUAUCCCUGUUGUGACUCAUGCAAACAUGCAGAAGAAAACAAACUAAUUACUAAAACUGAGGCACUAAAUAAAUACAUAUUGAAAAGACACGAUCUGGACAAGCGAGAACCGCCUUUGAAAUAUAUUAAACGUAAAAAUCUCCAUAACAGUCACUGGGGAAAUGUGAAACUGUAUAUGGAGCUGCAAGUGGUAAAGCGAGCUUUAGAAGUGUGGGGUAGUUUUGAAAACAUGGAAAAAGAACGUCAGCAACGUACAAACAAAAAAAUGUUAAGGCGAACAAAACAGUUUUACAGGCAAGUUAAGGGGCUACGAAUGAAUACAAGAAGUAGUUUGUGUGAUGGAAGUUCGUCUGCACAUAUUCACGAAUUUGGUUCAGAAGAAUACAAUGAAGAGGAGGAUAAUUACACCCGCAGGUGUCUAAUUUGUUCAUAUGAGGAAACGUUUGAAAAAAUGUAGGGUCAUACAUUUGUAAAAUAAUGUUUUUAUCAAUAAAUUAAAAAGAC